GAAGAGGGCAAAGUCAGGGCAACGGGGCGCUUCAAUCGCUGCUCCUGAGCAUGCCCAAGGGAGAGGCGCGCACGCGCAGCCGGCAAGAAGAUAAUGGUUCUCUAUCCAGUUUGUAUGGACAUAGCAGUGAUCUGUCCCAUUACCAAGUGCAAAGGGAGUUAUUUUCUUCUAACAGUUAUGAGCUUCCAGAAAGCAUAGAGGUAGAACCCUUGAAGGAGAGCUGGAGUUCAUACAACAGACUUGUGAAUAAACACCGGACCAGGAUGAAAGAACUGUUGCCAUGCCUUAAAGGGAAAUCCCAAGAUAGCUCUUUGGAAGAAAGCCUGAGCGAAAGUGAAACAAAAUGGUUGUGGGAGGACGCCAUUCGUGACAGAGUCACUUUUCAGAAAAAGCUCCACGAAGCGGAGUUGGCAAUUGGUUCAGCAGAAAUGUUUUUGCCGUCAUUUAAAGAAACGCUUGCCAGAAUUUCAGAAGCUUGUUACAUUUCUGCAUCAGAUAUGAUAAAGAUUUCUAUGCAAGAGGAUUUGCUGAUAAAGGAGCUGGAGGCUCUCAAAACUAUGAAGGGACUGUUACAACAACUACUUAGAUCAAGCAAGGACAAAGAAAUCAUCAGUAAACAGAUUGAAGAUUUGAUACAGAAGUUAACUGAAAGUGAAACAGAAGCUGCUUGUCUCAAAAAUGAAGUGACGGAAAAGGAAAGGUACAUUUCAGAGCUUUCGACUCAGCUUCAAGAAGAGAAAGCGAAUGUACUAAAAGCAUCACGCCAUUCUGAAUCGAUACAAUCUUUGCAGACUCACCUGCAGUGUCAGAUAGAGAAAAAAGAGGCUGAGAAUAAUCUACUGAGAACAAAAUUUCAGACCAUAGAAAAGAACAUGGCUGAAUGGAAGCUACAAGUUGGAGAACAUAAGCAGGAGAUUUUGGCUGAAAAGGAAAGAAAAGAGGAGAGGAGGAAUGCCCUGAAAAAAGCCGCUGGUGUUCAAAAACAAAGAGCCCGACGCUUGAAAGUGGCUGUGGAAAGCUUACUGUCCAAAAUGAGGGAGAAGGAAAUCCAAUUGUCUGAGGCGCUUUCGGCAUCUAAUGUCUGGAAAAGUCAUCACGAGACGGUAGUAGAUGAAAAGGUCAGGUUGGAAGUUCAGGUUGAAACUCUGAAAAAGCAGAUAGCUGACUGUGUAAUGGAACUCAAAAGAAUACAAGUUGCUGGAAGAAAGUCAAAGAGAGAGAUUAUUGGAAACCUUAAUUCUGUCAUCUCUGAGAAUGAAAAUAUUUCUCUUGAAAAUGCAAAAUUAAAGGCGUCCCGUGCUGCUAUGGAAGUGAGUAUUAUUUCUGCAGAAGCUGAACUUGUAGAAUUACAUGAAGAGGCACAGCAGCAGGAAAAACUGGUUGAACAAUAUAAAAUCGAGGUGGGGAAACUAGAAACGGAAGCUGCGGAACUGAAAGGGACGUAUGAAAAGGUCAUAUGUGAAAGCAAAAAGGUAGCAGAAGACAAAGAUUCAGAAAUGGGUGCGAUGAGGGGCCAGACGGAGGCUUGCUUGAAGGAGUUAGAACAUGCCCGUGAUUUACGGAAGGCAGCUGAAGAGAAACUGCAGAGGUGUCAGGAAAGCCUACUCUCCUGCCAAAAGAGCUGUGUAGAUAAAUCCAGAGCCAUCAGGGAGCUGCAGGUUCAGGUAGGUGACAAUGAUGGAUUCUUGAAGCAACUAUCGUUAGAAGAGGAAAAUUACAACAUUCAAAUGAAAUAUGAAGAAAUUAAACGAAAAAUAGAAGAAAUGGAAUUGCAAAACAAAGAACUUGAAAAUCAGUUGGCAAACCAAGAAGGGAGUCUUCAGAAAAUGGAAUUGCACUUCAAACAAAAACUUGAAGACGGUGAGGCUUUAACCCGACAACUGGAAGCUGCGUUGGAAGAUGGGAGGGAAAAGUUAGCUGAGGAGGUGGAAAAAAUCACUUCUAAAGAGCGAUGCUUUCAGUUGAAAAUAUUGGAACUAGAAAAUAAAUUAAGACAGAAAAAAGUUGAACAGAAGGAGCUAUCUAGAAGACUGGACUCUAGAGAGAAAUAUCGUGAAGUGUCUUUGAAGGAAGUAGAACACAGCCUUCAAAGAUCAGAAAACCAGAACCAGAGUAUGCAGAAUUACGUAAAGUUUUUGAAAACCACCUAUGUAACCAUGUUUGGCUGAAUUGUUUGGUUUUGUUCUUAAAAAAUAGGGAGUGUAUUUUAGGGUGAAUUUUAGUGUGUGUUUAUCACAUCUGAGCCUGUUGUGUUUAGGGUCUCCUUCACUGUGCCCUCUGCAGUGCAUGUUUUAUGUUAAUUUCCAGCAACAUACCAUUGAAGCAUUGCCCUUGCGUGUAUAUUGGGGGAAGACCAUUUUUAAAGAACCAAACAAGCAAAAUGAUAGAUGCCGGCAUAAUAAACUUAUCUGAAGCAGCUUUCAAUGCUGAAAUCCAGCAGUGAUCUGUGUUAUUAGGAUUCUCCCCCUCUCCCCAAUCCCCCUCAAGGAUAUUUGUUGUUGCAAAUUUGGUAAAAUCAGCCCUUGUGUCCUAUUCUCUAUUGAUGAAUCGUACUCUGAAGGUUUGAAUGAUGGUGAUAAUGUAAUAAGAUAGUUGCCCUGAUCCAGAUUCUUUGUGGACUCAUAUGUGCAUGUGGAACUUCCCCAGGGGCUGUGAACUGCUCCUCUAUUGAAGUGAAUGAGGGGGGAGGUCACUCUUGUAGAAGCAUCAGGCGCUUGCACUGAGGCGGCCUUGAUUUGGGGACAAUAUACUUGGCCAAGGAUGAAGCAGGAAGGCUGCACAAGCUCAAGGAAAGACUUCUUCUGAUGCUCACUAUGCCUUGCUUGGAGAUGCGCCUUCUGGCUUCAGCAUGUGCUCUAGCUAUUCUGUUUGGUUCACCCUCCUGAAAUGCAAGGAGUAGGAAGAGUCAGGCCCGGAUUGAUUAAAAAUAAAAUAAAAUCCCAUUGACAAUAUUUUAAGGAAAAGCAAAUGACAGCCCAUCUACGGUCACAAAAUUCUGCAUUUAUGUAUGUAUAAACACUAAAACCAAAUGUCGUACUCUUUACUGUGAAUGGCCAUAUGUCAGUGUGACUUUUAAACUUGUGAAUUGUAUAGUUGUUUCUAAUUAACUAAGAUCUCCCAACUUUUGCCUAGUGUAAAGAAAAAAGACUGGGAGUCCUCCAAAACGUGAUGCUGGUCAAUCUCUUAAUUGCUCCUCUUCCAAAAUUGCUAUUUGCCUGCGGGGGAUGUUUAGACAGAAGUUACUGGGAGGAAGGGCAGGGGUAGGAGGGCUAAGCGUUACCUUGCUCAGGAACCCACUUUCUGUGUUUGCUUCAAACAAUUGGGAGAUUGAUCACAAUUAAUUUGUUUGGUCCAGAUUAAUAAGGGCCUACCCCCCACCCCACCCCACCC